AUGCCCAACGCAAACAGCAUCCUGAACGACCUCGCGAUCCGCCUGCACCGCCUCACCAGACACACAAACAUCGAAGCAGACCUCGACAAGCGCUUCUCAGAUCCACAUCCUCAGUUCGACCCUAAGAUCCAUGUUCUUCCGAACUGGGACGAACUUAGUAUGGAUACUGUGGAUGUGGAGUUGGAGUUUGUGAGGGAGAAGUGGAAUGGACGGUUGGGGCAGUGGAAUUGGGAGAGGGUUAAGGAUUGGAGUGUGGAUGUUGGGAAGGCGUUGGAGGGUGCUGGUGACGAUGAAUCUAUGGAGACGCGGAGUAUCAGCGAGAGGGACACCCAGAGGACUGAUAGCACGACUGAGCACAGCACUGAUGAAGCAAACGAACGGUCUUUUCCAAAAGUUGACACCGCGAACAAGCACGAACGGUCAGAAUCCGAUGGCGAUGUGCCUGUCAAACGUCGUCGUAGCGAACCCCGAGCUGCUAUUGGGCAUUGA